AUGGUCCAAUCAUCGACAAGGCACAAAAUUGAUGUCGUCGAUCUAAGCCCGAACAUUCCGAGAUUAAUGGCCAAAGAGCCAUCAUCUCGAGUGGGCUCCGUACGAGAAUCUCAGCUUACACAAUUUAUGUUUGAUUGUGGUGAAGGCAAGAUGAGUGAGCAUCAGUAUGAUGCAAGGGACCUUCAAGAUUUAAGUUCUCAUAUUGAUCACUAUAUCAAUAAGCUUAAUUCCAGAAUCAAGUUACUUAUAAAAAAUGGUGAGUGUUCUUACUUACCUCCGCUUCAUACUUCAGUUGCGGGUGCGGCUCCUCUUGCUGUUGCGGGUGCUGAUCUUCCUAUGAAUCAGAAUCAGUAUGAGCCGAUUUAGCCUUAUAUCCCUACUGGUUUUAGUGAUCAUAUUCAAUAUCAGAAUAUGAAUUUGAGUCAAAAUCAACAAGAGCCGGUUCAAUACCAAGCUCUGGUUGAUUUUAAUAAUCAGAUUCAACAUGGAAUCUCUGAUAUGAAUUUGAAUCAGAAUAUGACUUUGGAUACAAAUCAGUAUCCGUUUCAACAUGAACCAUGCAUGAAUAUGCUGAUGGAAUAUCCUCAUCAAGAUGUGGGUUAUGUUGGUUUUACUGUCACCGGUCACAUGCCUUCCACCACCACGAAUGUUUAUGUUCCUUACAUCAAUAAUCAUCUUUAAUCAGAAGAUGGAGACUUUUAAGUGAUGUGUUUUAGUAGUUUGCAUUUGUGUUUGUUCAUUUCGAAAGACCAAUAUUUAAUUAUG